GCCACAUAUCCCUAAAUCAUUGAGAAAGUUCAGUCAUUCUCUCAAAGUAUUGUUGGCUGCUUGGCUUCUGAACCUACGAAGCAGAAAUUGCUGAAGUCAUUCCCACAAAAUCUCAGUGCUUUAGUUCAUCUGGUAUAGAAGAAGCGAAGGGCUGGGAGCCUCCAGGGAAGAAGACCCAAGUAAUGGACAAUCGCUGCAAGUUUUGGCUCCCUAAAAAGAAGAGAUUUUGCGCCAAUGUUCCCCUCUCUCCAUCACUGUUCUGUGGCAACCACACACCCAGGUCCAACAGCCAGUGGAUUCCAUGCCCAAUAGACCCUUCUCACUCUGUGCUUGAAGAAAAUCUUGAAGGACAUCUUAGGAGAUGCCCAUUGCUCAAACAAGUGGAGUCUCUGACUCACGAGCCCUUUUACCAGAAGGGUAUCAAUGCUGGCCAAGAAGAAGACCAACAAGAAAUAGAAGCAGUCGGCAGUGAAAGAGUGGAGGAUUCGGCAUUGCCUGAUGAACCCAAGUCGGGGGAGUUCAAUUACAUUCUUUCGGAAAUGAAGAGGACUGUUUAUAGUAUGUCUUUGCGUGAUUUCUAUAAGUUGGUCGAAAAAAUUGAGUCUGUUCAUAAGUCUAUAUGCAAGGAUAUUUGCGAGUCGUAUAAGGUGCCGGAAGCUUGUGGAAUGUGGAUCAACAGAGAGGUAGACAGAAAAUUGCCAUUUCAAGAGAAACAUGUUAUGCAGCAGGUGUCGAUUCUUGGAAACAUGGAAGAGGUUGGAGUAAUAAAGAGUUCAGUAGCAAAGGAGAGGGCUGACUGUGAUGAUGGCAAUGGGUUCCCUGUGAGGGAUGACUGUGAUUAUGACAAUGGUGUCCCUGCGGUGGUUGAGUUUGGAGCGGGAAGAGGAUACUUGACACAAAUGCUGGCAGAUUGUUAUGGCAUUAAAAGGGUCUUUUUGGUUGAAAGGAAGUCAUACAAACUGAAGGCUGAUCGAUCCUUGAGACAGAAAGAGAGGUUGAUAUUGCAACGUUUGAGAAUAGACAUUGAAGAUUUAAACCUGAAUGCUGUUGGGACAUUGCGGGGAGGUCCUUACAUUGCUAUCGGUAAACAUCUUUGUGGACCUGCAACAGAUUUGACUCUGAGAUGUUGCCUUGGAGAACAAUCCAAUCAAAGUAAUGGAGGGGGAUCUGUUAACCCAAACCUAAGAGAUAAGAAGUAUAUAUUAGACUUGGGGAUCACAAAAGAGGAAUUCCAUGUCAUUAUAUGGUUUACUAGUUGGGCAGUGGAUGCUGAUCACGGCACAGAUCUUCCCGACGUUACUGAUUGCGGAUUUCAUCUUGAAUCCAUUGAAAAGAAGCAAUGCGAUGGGGAUAAUGGGGUUGAAGAUGUUGUGAGAAAUAUGAAAUCAGUUGAGAGGGCUGCAUUAGGGUUCAUGUGCAAGCAGAUUAUAGACAUGGGCAGGCUAAUGUGGAUGAAGGAACAUGGAUUAGAAGCGCAGUUUGUCAAAUACGUACCAUCUACUGUUUCUCCUGAAAACCAUUUACUAAUUGCCAAAAGCACCAAACUUUCUUGAAGUCAUGUUUCAAUUUUUGUCCUCGCUGUUUUCUAAAAUGAGAUUAAUGUACUUUUCUGGAAGGAAGUUUUAGACUAAGAUUUAAAUGAAUACUGAAGCUAUUGUUAUACUGAUCUGCUGAACUCUGUAUUGAACUCACAUUUCAUUUACCACAAUUGAAGUGUUGAUCAACAAAGGAAAAAUUUAAGUGUCGAGACUACAGAAUACUGUACCUUGAGAACUUCUAUUUUCAGCUCUCUGCUUUGUCCCCCCCUUAACUAUGUUCCACAGUUCUGGCCCCGUUUGGUUUUAAAG